UGGGGUGGGGCGGUGUCGCUUCGCGGCAGCGGCCUGUGAGGCGAGCGGAGCAGGGGGUGCUGCCACCAUGAAGCAGAAGAGGAAAGGAGACCUCAGCCAUGCAGAGCUGAUGAUGAUGACGAUAGCUGACAUCAUAAAACAAUUAAUUGAGUCUCACGAGCAGGGAAAAGAUGUGAAUCUGAACAAGCUGAAAACCAAGACAUCGGCCAAGUACGGGCUUUCAGCGCAGCCGCGUUUGGUUGACAUCAUCGCUGCUGUGCCGCCACAGUACCGCAAGGUGCUGGUGCCAAAGCUGAAGGCCAAGCCUAUAAGAACUGCUAGUGGGAUUGCUGUUGUGGCAGUGAUGUGUAAACCACACAGGUGUCCACACAUUAACUUUACAGGCAACAUAUGUGUGUACUGCCCAGGUGGACCUGAUUCUGAUUUUGAAUAUUCAACACAGUCUUACACUGGAUAUGAGCCAACGUCCAUGAGGGCCAUUCGGGCUAGAUAUGACCCUUAUCUCCAGACAAGACACAGAGUAGAACAGCUGAAGCAGUUGGGCCACAGCGUGGAUAAAGUAGAGUUUAUUGUGAUGGGUGGAACAUUCAUGGCCCUGCCGGAAGACUACAGAGAUUACUUCAUCAGAAACCUUCACGAUGCCUUAUCAGGUCACACUUCCAAUAAUGUAGCAGAGGCUGUCAGGUAUUCAGAACGAAGCCUGACAAAAUGCGUUGGGAUAACCAUAGAGACCAGACCAGAUUACUGCCUGAAGCGGCAUUUAAGCGACAUGUUAUCCUACGGCUGUACGAGGCUGGAGAUCGGGGUGCAGAGCGUGUACGAGGACGUGGCCAGGGACACCAACAGAGGUCACACCGUGAAGGCUGUGUGCGAGUCUUUUCACUUAGCCAAGGAUGCCGGGUUUAAAGUGGUGGCCCACAUGAUGCCUGAUCUACCAAACAUGGGGAUUGAAAGGGACAUGGACCAGUUUGUUGAGUUUUUUGAGAACCCUGCUUUUCGCCCCGAUGGCAUGAAGCUCUAUCCAACACUAGUGAUCCGUGGCACUGGUCUGUACGAGCUCUGGAAGACUGGAAGAUAUAAGAGCUACCCCCCCAGCACUCUUGUGGAUCUGGUGGCCAGAAUCCUGGCCCUUGUCCCACCAUGGACACGUGUGUACCGUGUUCAGAGAGAUAUCCCAAUGCCACUAGUCAGUUCUGGAGUGGAGCACGGGAACCUGAGAGAACUUGCCUUGGCCAGGAUGAAAGAUCUUGGGACACAGUGUCGUGAUGUAAGGACAAGAGAGGUUGGAAUUCAAGAAAUUCACCAUAAAGUGAGACCAUAUCAGAUUGAAUUAGUUAGACGAGAUUAUGUGGCUAAUGGUGGCUGGGAGACCUUCCUCUCUUACGAAGAUCCAGAGCAGGAUAUUCUCGUUGGCCUCCUACGACUGCGGAAGUGUUCGGAGGAGUCCUUCAGACCUGAGCUGAAAGGAGGUGUCUCCAUUGUCCGGGAAUUGCAUGUGUAUGGGAGCGUGGUCCCCGUGAGCAGUCGGGAUCCUUCAAAAUUUCAGCACCAGGGAUUUGGCAUGUUACUGAUGGAGGAGGCAGAAAGAAUAGCCAAGGAGGAGCAUGGGUCAUGGAAAAUUGCUGUAAUUUCAGCUUUGUCCUGACAAUACCAGGACUGUAAACCACAUACCAGAGGACACGCUGCGGAGAACCAUCCUGCUUUUAGUGCCAAAGGAGACGGACUGCGUGACCCCGGCUGUCUUCCUCCUCCUCCUCC